AUGACAGUUUCUUAUACUGAACCACUUCCCGAUGACACUACUCCUAUGUCAACCGAAUUGACAACUGAAGAAACAACAACUACGACAACAGAAACUCCUACAACUACAACUAUAACAACAGAAGCUCCUACAACUACAACUACAACAACAGAAGCUCCUACAACCACGACAGCAGAAACUCCUACAACUACGACAACAGAAGUCCCUACAACUGCAAUAACAGUUGCUCCUACAACCACAACAACAGAUGCUCCUACAACCACAACAACAGGAACUCCUAUAACUACAACAACAGGAACUCCUAUAACUACAACGACAGAAGCUCCAACAACUGCAACAACAGAAGCACUUAUGACCACAACAACAGAAACCCCUACAACUACAACAAAAGAAACUUCUACAAUCACGGCAAAAGAAACUCCUACAACCAUGAUAACAGAACUCCCCAUAAUUACAACAACAGAAGAUAUUAUACCUAUCACAACAGAAGCUCCUAAAACUACAACAAUGGAUGUCAUUACAUCCACUACAAUAGUUACAACAAUGGCUCAAACAACUACUAUGAAAUCAACAACAGAAGAACCAACUAUUGCUGUGGAAGACACAACAUUGGCACCAACUACUACUUUAGAAACUCUAGUAACAUUACCACCAUUUAUAGAAACCACAACAGAUGCUAGUGAAACAACAGAAACUACUGAAGAAGAAAACAAUACAACACCUGAUGAAGAUUAUUUAACUGAUCCUAUAACUACAACAACUAAAAUACUUAAAACAACAACAUUAGAAGAUAUUCUAAGUACAACAAUGGAAUCAACUUCUACUACAUCUCCAACAAUUAUAUCAUCAACAAAUUUAGUAACAGCAACAACAAGCUUACCACCAACUAUUACAACAACAAACUUACCACCAACUAUUGCAACAACAAACUUACCACCAAUUAUUACCACAACAAACUUACCACCGAUUAUUACAACAACAAACUUACCACCGAUUAUUACAACACCAAACUUACCACCUACAACUGUAGCUCCACCCAUAAGUACCAGUACACAAGGGCCCCCAAUGCCAUCUGAAACUACUAAAAAAAUAAAUAUCAUAACAUUAGUUCCACCAAUAAAUAAAGAAGAUGAAUUUAUGAUAUAUCCUGCUGGAAAUCAAGGGUCAUGUGAACCUGGUUUCACAAUGUUGUCAAAUAAAGCAAUUUUGUCAUCAAUGCAAAAUCCAAAAUUUGGUGGAUACUUUGAAUUCCAGUCAUCUUGUGCUGAGAUAUGCAGAAAAGAUUACGGUUUCAAUAGAUGUGUUGGUUAUGGUUAUGAUGUUAAAAACAGAGGAUAUUGUGAUAUUUAUUCUGGAAAAAUAUCUACUCCAUCUGAAAGUCCAGAUGAAAAAGCCACAAUCUGUAGGAGAAAUGAAUAA